UGAAGCAAAAAUUCAGGGAUUGAAAUGCCUUUGAGAAAAAAAGAUUAUUUAGUCACGGAUAUUGAAAGCCACAACAAUGAACUUGAAAAGAUUCACACCCAGUUUACAUCUUUCAAAGUAGAUUGGCUUGACCAGUCCAAACAAUACGUCAACAUACCGGAAAGUGUUCUGGUAGCCAGCAUUGAAGCACCACAGAUAGCAAGCGAACUUUGUAAUCUUCGAGACUAUAUAGAAAAUGCACUGGACAAAUUUAGAAUAGCCAUGGCAAACAAUCGAUCCUCAUUAGAUAAAGCUAAAGCAGCUGUUGAACAGUUGUUAAUAUCAGAAGGUAUUUAAAGGCUUGCACCGAAAGAAGAUUGGCUG